CUCUAUCUCUCGACAAAACAGCUGAUCGAUUGUUGUGUAGGGUUCCAAUCAGAUUAUCUGCAACGAAACAAAAUGGCAUUGGCUGGUCGUAUCAGAUCCGGGAUCUCCUUCUUCAGGACCAUCUCCGUCUCAGAUGCUAGAUCUUCGCUUAUCCCUUCGCUGAGAGAUUAUGCAACAGCUUCUGCUCAGAAAACCGGCAACGUUAAGGUGCCUGUGGCUUUGGUUGGUGAAUCUGGCAACUUUGCAUCGUGGCUGUACAUUGCAGCUGUGAAAAUGAACUCCUUGGAAAAGAUUGAGUCCGAUCUUUCUGAGCUGGUUGAGGCUAUGAAGACAAGCCCUACUUUUUCACAGUUUACUAAGGAUCCCUCUGUUCCUAGAGAGACGAGACUCGCUGCUAUUGUCGAUGUUUGUGACAAAGCAAAGUUUGCUGAACCCACCAAGAACUUCCUCUCUUUGUUAGCUGAGAAUGGGAAGCUGAAGAACUUAGACGUGAUUGUGAAAAAAUUCAUGCAGCUGACGACGGCACAUAGGGGAGACGUCAAGGUUUUGGUUACCACAGUCAUGCCGCUACCACCUGCUGAGGAGAAAGAGCUUAAGGAGACGCUUCAGGAGAUAAUUGGAGAAGGGAAGAAAGUUACUGUGGAACAAAAGAUUGAUCCGAGUAUAUAUGGAGGGCUAAUAGUAGAGUUUCAACAAAAGGUGUUGGACAUGUCUAUCAGGACAAGGGCACAGCAGAUGGAGAGGCUCCUCCGUGAACCUGUUGACUUCACCAACCUCUGAUAAUUUCCCCUUAAGAAACAUGCUUUCUGAUUUGCU